UUCGCGAGACGCGGUUUUCCUUCUUUUUUUUGUGGUGUAAAACUUCGUCGCAAAGUUAGCUAGCUAGCUAGCAAGGCUGCGUCUGUUUUGUUUUUUUUGCGAGAAUGGCGUCCUCAAAGAAGGGGAAGAAAGUGGUGAAUCAAGAGGAACUCCGACGCUUGAUGAGGCAAAAACAAAGGCAGACAACGGACAAGAAGCGCGUCGAGUCUCCUUUUGCUAAAUACAACAGUCUCGAGCACCUCAGCUGUGUCCUGUGCAAUGUGCACGUUAAGUCCGAACUGCUGUGGCCGGCGCACGUACUCGGCAAACAGCAUAAAGAGAAAGUUGCCGAGCUGAAGGGAGGAAAGAGUCUACCGGUGGUGGCACCGCAGAUGCAACCGGCGAAGAGGAAGGCACCGGACAGCGAGGACGCGAGCGGAAAGAAGGUGAAACCCUCGGCGGGUGCGGGUCAGUCCGCGUCGUCGGGGCUGCCGGGAGAUUUCUUUGAGAAACCCGGCAAAAGGGGAACCGGUUCUGAUAAAGCUGCUGGUCCAAGUCUGCUGGCUGGAGUUUAUGAUGACGAGGAUGAGGGUGAAGGACGUGCCGAAGAGGCGGGUCCGGCAGGGACCACAGAUCCCGCUCCCAAAGAGACCGACGCCGCAGGACUCCCCGAUGAUUUCUUCGACAGCUCCCUCCCGUCCGCACCUGCCAUCUCCCACUCGGGCUCCAUCCUGAAAGCGGACGUGCAGGAGAAGAGCCCCGAAAAGAAGGAGAACACCGCCGAGGCGCUGCCGGAGGGCUUCUUCGACGACCCGGUGAGGGACGCCAAGGUGCGCAAAGUCGACGCGCCCAAAGACCACAUGGACAAGGAGUGGGACGAGUUUCAGAAGGAGAUCCGACAGGUCAACACCAAGUCGGAAGCCAUCGUGGCGGAGGACGACGAGGAGGGCCGCCUCGAACGGCAGAUCGACGAGAUCGACGAGCAGAUCGAGUGCUACAAGCGAGUGGAGGUGCUGAGAGACAAGCGGGACGUGGCGAAGAGCCACGUUCUGCCCAGCGAGGAGAGCAUGGAGGUCGAUGGCAGCGACGAGGAAGAGGAGGACGAAGAGGAGCUGCUGGGGCUCCUGGCCCGGGACUGGAGGGCUAAAGGGGCACUGGCUUAAGUCGCUAAAGCUCAUAUAUAUAUAGAUAUAUAUAUAUCUAUAUAUCUAUCUAUCUCUUUCUCUCUCGUGUGUCUUUCAGCAAUUGUAAAUAUGUUUAACGCCUCUUUGCCACAUAUUUAGGUAUAUUUCCGACUGUAUUAAAUGUGAUGCAGCGUUAUUGUAAACCGGUUUCUCAGUUCAUGACUUAAAGAAACCAGAUGGACCACAAAUCAAGACCUUUUAAACUUUAUUCAUUGUUGCUCACAAAAAAAGAAAAAAAACAUUCAUAAAAUGUCCCCAAGUACAGCAGCAGCAUGGACCCUAUGUCAUGAUGGCCAAAGCUGUUACAUUGUCCUGCAAAAACAAGUAGUCGCCUAAGUUUAUAAAUAGUGUUCAUGUUACAUUAUCGGCAACAUGCAAAUUACAACGCAAACAUUUAAAAAAAUGUACAAGAUACAUUUCAACAACCCCCAUCCCCUUCACAAUAAUUUCUGAGUACAUUUAAACCAUUUUUACAGAGUACAACAAUGUUGAGUAUGCAAUUUAUUAUGUAAAUACAUCAUUAUUAAGCCCAUAAAAAUGGAAUAAAAUUAAUCAAGUAAA